CUGUGCGGUGCCACGACAAGCCCCCGAAAAAGAAAUGCGCAAGCAAAUAAAAGAGAAGAUUCUGACCUCCCCCGAUCUCCCCGCCGCCGUCGUCGCUUCUCACUCCUCUCCCCAUCUCAAGUCCCAAGUCGCCUUCUCCCACUCCACCUCCUGCUUCCACGUUUUACCUCCCCGCCCGUCGGUCCGCUCGCGCGCGUGACCGUAUCAUUGCGCCAUCAGCCUCAGCCAGCCAUCGCCCUCGCCCCCGCGCCGCGCCGGACGACCAGACCGGACCGUACCAAACGCCACCGAACGCCAUUAAUGGGGGGCAAGUACGAGUAGCAAGGAGGGAGGGUAUAGUGGACCGUAUACACUGCCUGCUCCACUCCACUCGAGAGGGCUGCGUCCGUCGUACUUGUACCGUUCGCGCACCAGCAGCCUCCAGCCAUGGGGUGCAAGGGGUCCAAGCUUGACGACCAGGAGGCCGUCGCGCUGUGCCGCGGCCGCGCGGUGCUGCUCGCCGCGGCCGUGCGCCACCGCUACGCGCUCGCCGAGGCGCACGCCGCGCUCGCGGACUCCGUCGAGUCCGUCGCGGCGCCGCUGCACCGUCUCCUCCGCCUGCAGGCGGAGCCGCCGGGGCUCGCGCUGCCCUCCGAGCGCAAGGGCGGCGGCGCGGCCCGGCUGCCGCGGCCCUUCGACCCGCCAGCGCAGGCUCCGCGCGGCCAGCCCUCGCACCUCCAGUUCGGCGCGCCGUCCGGAUCCGAGCCGGCGUCGCCGGCCGACUCGCCUCCCCGCGGCGUCCCCGAGCAGCUGCCGCAGCCGCAGUACCCUUCUUACGGGUACGGGUACGCCCCGCAGCCGGCGUACGCGUUCCCGGCGCCCCCGGGCUCGCUCCAGUUCUACUACGCGCGCAGCCGACCGCCCCCGGCGUCCAUCGCCGUGACGCAGCGCGCGCCUCUACCGCCGGAGCGCGUGCGCUUCGGCUCCUUCGACGCUGCGGGCGGCUACCAACAGCACUACGCCUACGGCGCCCAGAAUCCCCUGCCCGUGGCCACCCCACCGCAGCGGCCGCCGCCAGCGACUGCGCCACCUUCGCCGCCGAAGGCGAGCUCGUGGGACUUUCUGAACGUGUUCGAGAACUACGACUCGUACGGGUAUGACAGCUACUACGACUACGAUUCCGCCGCGCCUGCUACCGCGGCAGCGGCGCCGUACACGCCGAGCCGGAGCUCGCGGGAGGUGCGCGAGGAGGAGGGCAUCCCGGACCUGGAGGACGAGGAGGAGGAAGACAGUGUGGUCGUGAAGGAAGUUGCCGGUGAGUACCCGGGACCUGGUUGUGGCGGUGCCCGCAGCCGGCGCAGCUCGCUCGGCGGUGCGAGCAGCAUUGCUGAACUCGACGAGCCGGGGAAUGUCAUGGCCCAUAAUGACGUAAUCGGCGAGGUACGGCGAAGGCCACUAGCACAUGGAAAUGUGUUCGUGCACGCGCCAGCCCCUCCGGCGCGGAGGGUCGCCGAGAAUGGUAAUGUUGCCGGUGAAAUCAAGGCACAGCUUGUCCGCACGGCAGAGGCGGCACGGCAACUCGCGCCCUUGCUCGAAGUCGGAAGGCCAAGCUACCAAGGACGCAGCUCAGUCUACCACUCUUCAUCAAAGAUGAUAUCAGCUAUCUCCGUCUCUCGUUUGGGGUGCAAAGAUAUGGACCUUUUGGACGUUGGAGUUGUAGGUAAGGUGGUGGACUCACGGAGCCUAUCCUCGGCACUUGAGAAGCUCUAUUUCUGGGAAACGAAGCUGUAUGGUGAGGUCAAGGCUGAGGAGAAAAUGCGCUUACUUAUUGCCAAGAACUCUAAGCGAUUGAAAUUAUUGGAUCAAAAAGGUGCUGAACCUCAAAAGAUCGACGCAACUCGAAAUUUGCUGAGGAAGCUUUCGACAAGGAUAAGAAUAGCUGUGCGUGUUAUUGCUAAGAUUUCAAGAAAGAUAAACAAAUUAAGGGAUGAGGAAUUGUGGCCGCAAGUUAAUGCCUUAAUCCAAGGGUUUGUAUUAAUGUGGCAAGAUAAACUAGACUCCUACCACAGUCAGUGUCAAGUGAUAUCAGAAGCCAAAAACUUGACUUCGAUUGUGUCAGGUGCAAAUGGCCAGGAUUUGGCAAUAGAGCUUGAAGUAGAGCUGAUUAAAUGGAUCAUCAGUUUUUCCUCUUGGGUGAAUGCACAAAGGAACUUUGUAAAAGCACUGAAUGGAUGGUUAGCGCUCUGUCUUAACUACGAGCCUGAGGACAAUGAUACUGGAGUUCCAUCUUAUUCACCAGGAAGCAUAGGUGCACCUUUGGUUUUUGUUAUCUGCAACAAAUGGUCUCAGGCUAUGGAUCGGAUUUCUGAGAAGGAUGUGGUUAACGCCAUGCAAGCUCUUGUGUCUAGUGUGCGACACCUAUGGGAGCAGCAGCAUCUUGAGCAAAGCGAACAAACAAUCGCAACUCGAGAAAGGGAAAAAUGGCUCAAGAUUUUGGAGAGGAAGACGCAGGAGAUUAACAAGGAGGCCGAAGAACUAAACAAGAAACUGGCGCUAGUACCAAGCCGGCAGAGACUGCAUGUGCCUCGGACCGUACAGUUGUAUGAGGCCCAUUGUGUUGAGGCAAGUAACUUGCACGUAAAUCUGAGGCUGGUUCUUGAAGCUUUAGAGAACUUUGCUGCCAAUUCGCUGCAAGCUUUGCAGGAGGUAUCGAAAUGUGCUGAAGGGGCAAGGUUGCCAAGAGAAAAUGUGAGGAGAGAGCAGCGUAGCUCGAAUAGAAGUUCAAACUACAAAAGCAGCUCGUAAGAUUUCAAUCAUCUCCUGGCUGGGUGGUAUGAAAAAUAUAAGAUGCAGAGGUGGGUAUAAUGGUGGCUCCUUUGGGUAUGAUGGCUUCCUGUGCAGAAGAAACAGGGAUCGGGUUUUGUGCCACUGAAAAAAAAACAACUUGAAUGGGGUUUUGUGCCGUUGAAACUCUGUCACUCGAGAAGUUUGGGCUAAUGAUAGCAGCGGGUUUAAUGUUGUGGCAAAGGAUAACAUAUCCUAACGGAAGAUCAUUUUGUGCACAGUGCUCAGGUAAAUGGUCUGCCUUGGUUGAGGGAAGUGUAUAUAUCCCUUUGUCAGCACCAAGGUUACCAGUCGUGAAGAGAGUGGAAAUAAUCCCUAGAUGCAGCUGUUACCCAAGUGGCUGAUUCGUACAAGGGCUCCCCAAAAACAGACCCGUUGAAUGUUGGUGACAGGUAUAUGUAAAGUGGCUGGAUGUAAAAUCAGUCAAAUGUGCAUUCAGGAACGAUCUUUUGAUGUAUGUAUAAAAUUGUACAUAUCGUAUGGCGUCUUUGCUAUCA